UGUCUCACCUUCAAUACCCUUUACUUCUCUUUCUUGUUCUUCUUCUCUUCACUGUUCAUUUUCCUUUCUAAUUCUACUGAUUUACUCCAACCCACACCAUUCCUUCAAAAUUCUCUGCUACCCUUUUGGAAAAAGUUUCAAUUGUUGGUUGUUGAAAGUUCAAACUCUCUGCUAUUUAGUCUUCACCCAGCAACCAUUCAUAGGAACAUACAAAGAGUGUAAUCAACCAAUCACUUCCUCUCUGUGCUUGUGAUCAAGGACUGGGUAUCUUGGAAAAUGCUUUAGGCAUUGAUGUCAUUUAUCUGUGGCCUUCCUAUACUUGAGUGUGUGUAUUGUCUUGGGUGUGCUCGUUGGGUUUGGAAGAAAUGUCUGUACACUGCAGGCUAUGAGAGUGAAAACUGGGGCCUAGCUACUGCUGAAGAAUUCGAGCCUGUACCUCGAAUCUGCCGGAUAAUCUUAUCGGUUUAUGAGGAAGAUCUUCGUAACCCCCAAUGGGCUCCGCCAGGGGGUUAUGGCAUGAACCCUGACUGGGUUGUCUUGCGUAAGGAUUAUGAGGAUAAUCAAGGUUGUGUUACUCCAUACAUGAUAUAUCUUGACCAUGAUCAUGCUGAAAUUAUACUGGCUGUUAGGGGCCUUAAUUUAGCAAAGGAAAGUGAUUAUGCAGUUUUACUUGAUAACAAACUGGGGCAGGCUGAGUUUCAUGGUGGUUAUGUUCAUAAUGGGUUACUUAAGGCUGCAGGCUGGGUUUUCGAUGCGGAGUAUGAGGUUCUUCGGGAUUUGAUAGCGAAGAAUCCGACAUAUAUGCUUAUAUUUGGUGGACACUCCCUAGGGGCAGGGGUGGUAGCAUUAUUGACAUUGCUAGCACUUGAUAACCGAGACAAAUUGGGGAUACAGAGAAACAAGAUAAGAUGCUUCGCCUUAGCUCCUACUCGGUGCAUGUCUCUCAAUUUGGCUGUAAGAUAUGCGGAUGUUAUCAAUUCCGUUGUACUCCAGGAUGAUUUUUUGCCUCGGACAACUACUGCUCUAGAAGUUGUCUUCAAGUUGCUUUUAUGUUUACCUUGUUUACUGUGUAUAAUGUGCCUAAAGGAUACUUGCACACUGGAGGAGAAGAGGCUUAAAGAUCCAAGGCGUCUAUACGCACCUGGUCGUCUCUAUCACAUUGUGGAGCGGAAGCCCUUGAGGAUAGGAAGAUUUCCACCUGUCGUUAGGACAGCAGUACCCGUUGAUGGGAGGUUUGAGCAUAUUGUUCUUUCUUGCAAUGCGACUUCCGACCAUGCCAUCAUUUGGAUUGAGAGAGAAGCCCAAUGGGCUCUUAAUUUAAUGCUAGAGAAAGAUCAGCAGAUGGAAAUUCCAGCAGAACAAAAGAUGGUCCGGCAAGAAUCACUGGCCCGGGAGCACAGCCAAGAGUACCACGCGGCCCUUCAAAGGGCGGUCGCUUUGGAUAUUCCGCAAGCUUAUUCGCCAUCCUCAUACGGAACCUUUCAGGAAAUACAUGACGGGGAAGAUUCGGGCGGUUUGAGAAGGUCCAAAGGGUCUUUCUUGUCCAGCAAGAAAAGAACAGAAAGUUGGAAUGAGUUUGUUGGGCGCCUUUUUGAUGUAGAUGACUCAGGUCAUAUGGUUUUCAAGAAGACAAAUGUGUAAAAUAGUGUGUUUUUCUAAUAACCACUAUCUUAGCUUGAAUAAGUAGCAUUUCUUUCUUUCUUUUCUUUGUCUCUCUUCACCUUUUCUUUGUUUUAAUUUUGGUUUUAUUAACAAUCUUAACGAAAAUUAACAUCAUAAUUGAAUUAUAUCUUUUGGUUU